GUUUUAUACAGCUUACUACACCUUCACCACCCCGGACUGCAGUCCAACUCCUUUUUGCUGUGAAAUAUCUGUUACACUAUUAACCAGAAAGCGGAUGGUUAAUUAAAGUUAGCUUAAUUCCCCUUUCUUGGACCGCCUAUAAACUAAGAAGAAUAAAGAAACGAUUACCGUUAUUAUUCAUUUUGUCGACUAAAAAACGGUCGCUCCUGCAGAAUUAGAAGUUCUGUCACAUCUUGCAGAAACAGAAAAACGGACCACAAAGAUCAGUCAACAAGGUCAACUUUCAAUAAGUUUCUUUGUUACCGUUUACACAGUGAAGGGAACUUGCAGAUAAAACCACAGCAGGCUCAGUAGCCACGUUUCAACGGCAUCAUCCUCCGCUUCUUCUACGCAGUGGUCGAACUUUUACGCACUGUUGUCUCGGAGUCACCUUUAUCAUGACGCGAAGAUCUUGUGCGAUAUAUGGAGUCGGGAUUGUUUGCGCCAGUCUACUGAUCAUCGGGAUUGGCUUGGUUGUGACUCAAGUAUUUCAAACUUUGAUCCAUAACCGGUUAAAAAAGGAGAUAACUCUGACAGAGGGUAGUCGUGUGUUUGAGACAUGGAAAAACCCUCCUCCUCCCGUCUUCAUGCAAUACUUCUUCUUCAACGUUACCAACCCAGAUGACUUCCUGGUUGGAGCCAAGCCUAUCGUCUCUCAGGUCGGCCCUUACACAUACAGGGAGUACAGGCCCAAAGAAAAUGUGACGUUUGUAGAUAAUGGGACCAGAGUGUCUGCCUACCAACCCAAGACAUUUGUGUUCCUGCCAGAGCGCUCUGUAGGUGAUCCUGAUUAUGACAUGAUCACAACCAUCAAUAUCCCAGCUGUGGCGGUGAUGAACAAGGUGAAGGAUAGUUUCUGGAAGAGUUCGAUGGUAUCUAUCUGGAUGAACUCACUUCAUGUCGGCAUGUUAAUGACACGCUCCGUCAACGAGCUGCUGUGGGGCUUCAAGGACCCUCUGUUGUCCCGCAUCCAUCCCAUGAACCCAGAGAUCGACGAGUACUUUGGCCUCAUGUACAAGAAAAAUGGAAGCAAUGAUGGUGAAUUUGUUUAUCAUACCGGGGAGGAGGACUUCAUGAACUACGGCAGGGUAGCCACGUUUAAAGGAGAAAGUAAACUGAGCCUGUGGACGUCUGAGCAGAGUAACAUGAUCAAUGGUACAGAUGGCAGUGCCUUCCACCCCCUGUUGUCCAAGACGGAGAGACUGUACAUCUUCAGUCCUGACCUGUGCAGGUCCAUCUUCAUGGAGUUUGAGAAAGAUGUGAAGGUGAAGGGGCUCCCAGCGUAUCGUUUCACCCCUCCUCGUGAUGUCCUGGCAAGCAAGGAGGAGAACCCAGCCAACGAAGGAUUCUGUGUCUCCCCCAAAGAGUGCCUGGGCACCGGCUUGCUCAAAGUCAGCGUAUGCCGAAAAGGUGCUCCAGUUGUGAUGUCCUUUCCUCAUUUCUACCUGGGAGAUGAGAAGUACUCUAACGCCAUUGAAGGACUGGAUCCUGUCAGAGAGCAUCACCAGACCUACCUGGACCUGAACCCGACCACUGGUGUUCCUAUCCGGGCCAGUAAGAGAGCUCAGAUCAACAUCCUCAUCAACAGAAUCUCUGGCUUUCCGAAAACCAAAUUCCUGAACGAGACUAUCUUCCCUGUCAUGUUUAUCAAUGAGACGGUAGUGAUCGACGACGUGUCGGCGGCUAAGCUCCACAAACUGUUGCUGACGGCGAUGCUGGUGUCCAACUCCCCUCUCGUCCUGGUUGGUCUGGGGGCCAUCCUGCUGCCAGUGUUCAUCGGCCUCAUCGUCUGCGAAUACAAACAGAAGAAGUCAACAAAGGAAGACACAUCUUAUUCCCCCGUGAGCAACAAGGAGGGUGACGAAAAAAAUGGCAGCAGCUACGUUGCCUUGACUCCCGUUAUUGACAAGUCUUGAGGAGGGAAUGGGAAGGGUUUAUGGAGAGACAGAUGUAGGAUCUUAAUAUGAACCAGUUUGCUACAGCAGUAAAAUAAUCCUGCUGCAACAGGAAAUGUGAAUUAUGUGGAUUAUAAUUAAUGGACAUUUUUGUAGGGUUUUUAAAAGUCAAAAACACUGCAAGUUUGCAAUUCUCAGAAACAAAAGAGUGAUCAAAUUACGAUCCUACAUCUGUAUAUCAUAUAUAUCAGUGUGAGUUGCUGUUCAGGGCUGGAUCGUUGUAAAUCAUUGUGGCACUAGUUAGACUACUUUGAUAUGUCUUCGUUUUUUUGUUUUGUUACUUUGUUUAUUUGGAUCUGGUUCAACCCACAAAAUGGGGCUAAUCUUCCCGAAGUCCCUGUUAACCCACAAAAUGGGGCUAAUCUUCCAGAAGUCCCUGUUAACCCACAAAAUGGGGCUAAUCUUCCAGAAGUCCCUGUUAACCCACAAAAUGGGGCUAAUCUUCCCGAAGUCCCUGUUAACCCACAAAAUGGGGCUAAUCUUCCCAAAGUCCCUGUUAACCCACAAAAUGGGGCUAAUCUUCCAGAAGUCCCUGUUAACCCACAAAAUGGGGCUAAUCUUCCAGAAGUCCCUGUUAACCCACAAAAUGGGGCUAAUCUUCCCGAAGUCCCUGUUAACCCACAAAAUGGGGCUAAUCUUCCCGAAGUCCCUGUUAACCCACAAAAUGGGGCUAAUCUUCCCGAAGUCCCUGUUAACCCACAAAAUGGGGCUAAUCUUCCUGAAGUCCCUGUUAACCCACAAAAUGGGGCUAAUCUUCCCGAAGUCCCUGUUAACCCACAAAAUGGGGCUAAUCUUCCAGAAGUCCCUGUUAACCCACAAAAUGGGGCUAAUCUUCCAGAAGUCCCUGUUAACCCACAAAAUGGGGCUAAUCUUCCCGAAGUCCCUGUUAACCCACAAAAUGGGGCUAAUCUUCCCCAAGUGUUGACAUACAGUACAUGGCCAAUUUGACCAGCUGUUUCAAACAUUAUAUAAAAUAUAAAUUGUUUGAUACCUGUUAUUCAACAUUUUGUAAAAAAAAAAGGCUUUAUAAAUACAUUUGAUUGAUUGAUUGAUUGAUUGACAGAUCUAAUGCAGUUCCACCCCCGACACCCUCAAAACAACUGCUAUUAGGAUGUUGACUAAAGUGGAGCUUAUUGAAUUGAACCCUUAAUCUGUAUCUGGGAAACCACCCCUGAGUUUGUGUCCUUAAGAUAUGUCCUAAAGAUGUGUCCUAAAGAUGUGUCCUUAAGAUGUGUCCUUAAGAUAUGUCCUAAAGAUGUGCCCUAAAGAUGUGUCCUUAAAAUGUGUCCUUAAGAUAUGUCCUAAAGAUGUGCCAUAAAGAUGUGCCCUAAAGAUGUGCCCUAAAGAUGUGUCCUAAAGACGUGUGUACAUUAUUCAGGUAUCAUUCCAUUCUCAGGGGCACUGUGCUAGAAACUACACACCUUGUGCAUCACGAGAUGGCUUCAAAAGUGAUUAUUAUUAUAAAACCGUAACGUGUCAAAGAAGGUCAAGGAAGUGGUGAGAUGCUCUACUGACCAACGAAGGCUAAAUAUUUAAUGUAAUGAGUGUGUCUUCUUAAUGAAUUUGGAUUCAUAUUAAAACUAACAACAACAAAAAAUAUAUUUGUAACAUUAGCUAUAAUCUUUACAUUUCUACGUAAUUUCAUUUGUUCAUGCACUGUUUAAAUUUAUUUUCAAACUUGGUUGAUUGGUUGAAUAUGUUCAAAUUAGUGAACAAAAAUGCCAUCUGACUAUGUUUAUGUUAUUGAACAUAUCCACAAUACCAUCCAUACCUAAUUCAUGGAUCACCUUCACUUUGAACUUGCAUGUGGUGAUAUUUUGCAAGUGAGCAUUUUUAAGUGUUACUUAUCUGAUAUUCCAAAUGUGACAUCUGCCUACAUUCCUUAGGUGAGACGCCUGUGCCCCAGUUGGUACAUUCAUUAGGUGAGACGCCUGUGCCCAGUUGGCACAUUCAUUAGGUGAGACGCCUGUGCCCAGUUGGCACAUUCAUUAGGUGAGACGCCUGUGCCCAGUUGGCAUAUUCAUUAGGUGAGACGCCUGUGCCCAGUUGGCACAUUCAUUAGGUGAGACUCCUGUGCCCCAGUUGGUACACUCAUUAGGUGAGACUCCUGUGCCCAGUUGGUACAUUCAUUAGGUGAGACUCCUGUGCCCCAGUUGGUACAUUCAUUAGGUGAGACGCCUGUGCCCCAGUUGGCACAUUCAUUAGGUGAGACUCCUGUGCCCAGUUGGCACAUUCAUUAGGUGAGACUCCUCUGCCCAGUUGGCACAUUCAUUAGGUGAGACUCCUGUGCCCCAGUUGGUACAUUCAUUAGGUGAGACUCCUGUGCCCCAGUUGGUACAUUCAUUAGGUGAGUGUUGGUCUGUAUUGGGCAGAUCUAUAAAAAAAAUACCACAUCCUUGGCUUAUUGCUGCCAUUGUGAACGAGCCAACAGACCUAUGGCGCUCUGUAUACUGCGUAAAGCAAGGACAGGUUUUUUUGACUGAAUUGUUUCUGAGGCUUUUUGACACGUCAGACAAUUGUCCUGUGCCCUAUAGUGGGGGGGGGGGGGGGGGUUCUUGUCUGAAACAAACAAAUUAAGGCAAUGAAAAUUUGUAAUUUGAAGAUCAGAUCCCUUUAGAAUGUAUUUACAGAAUAGUGUUUUUGUUUUUACUAAUAGAAUAGAGUGCGUACUAAUGUGCAUUUCUGUUAUACAGGGAAGUCCAUAUGUCGUCGUGUUUUUUUUGGUUGAUAUUUUUUGACAGAAAAAAAAUGGACUGAAACUUUUAACUCAUGUAUCAGGUUCUGAAUGAUCUAAAUGUAUUAUCAUCACUACAUUAUUCUCUACAUUAUCGCUGCAUUACCAUGGCUGCUGACGAAACCAUAACUUCAGGUUUUGAUGCAAGGUUGUCUUCCUAAUGGCAAACAUUUUGGGAUCAAAGAUAAACAUUUAAAUCGUAUACCAAACUACUGGAAUUGUAGACAUUUUGCAGUGAUGUUGAAAGCCAAAUUUGUUUAUUGCUUUGUAUUGUGAGACAUUAAUAGGAGCACAUUAGCAGACUGUCUCUCUAGAAAAUGUAUUGAGAGAAAAGGCUCCUUGGAUAUCUGCAUAUGUUUAUUUUCAAUGGCAUCUCCUAAUGACACUAUAUACAUUUGUGUUAUGUCUAUAAUAGCCUUUGUGCAACUGCUGUAGUUCCAUGGCCUAGUAAUGCUUGGUUAAUUGUUGAAAUUGAAGAUUCUACAGGACUUGCUUGAAUGAUUAUUGCACCAUAAUGACUGUCUGAACGUAGCCUGAGUGCCAAUGUGUUUGUGUUCUUGCCUAGCAACAACAAACAAAAAAGAACAUGACAAUGAGUGACAAGGAGUUGGCAUGUUAGCGCCAACAAACAUGGCAAUCAGGCUAGUCUGACACCUCAAUGUUGAAAUCAACGCGUCAGAUCCCAUUUCAGUGCUCUGAGCUUAACUAUUGAUGCAUUACUUUGUAACCCAGCUGACUGUUCGUAUUAAUAUGAUAUGCCAAACAAAAGUAGCAGAACUUUUGCUUUGUUAGAUUACUUGUUGUGAAUUUAUUAGAUAGUGUUUGACUUGUUACUCACUUGUUUAUGAGAUGCCAUGCACUUACGUUACUCAGUAUUAGUUAUUCUUGUUGAAAAAUAGAAAAGCAACAAUAGAAAUGUAUCAUUUGAAAAAUGAGUAAAUGUUAGCGUUUUCUUCUCUAUUAUAAGUCUAAUCAGUCAUUUCAUAUUUUGAUGUUAAUUUGUCUUUGGCCUCUGUAUUUACUCUGUAGCAACCAUGUGCCUUGGUCUGUAAUGGAAUUACAGAACAUUGAAUGAAGAGGGCCUCAUUCACAGGAGGUUGGUUGGUGGCACCUUAAUUGGUGAGGACAGGCUCCAGGUAAUGACUGGAGCGGAAUCCGUGGAAUGGGAUCAAAUACAUCAAAAACACGUGGUUUCCGUGGUUUCCAUGUGUUUGAUGCCAUUCCAUUUGCUCCGUUCUGGCCAUUAUUAUGAGCCGUGCUCCCCUCAGCAGCCUCCGCUUGGUUUAAGUUCACUGUCAAGACUCUAUGGUGCAUUUUGUAAAACAGUCAUUAGAAACAGGACAAAAUUGGGAUACAACAACUAUCAGGAGAAUUGCAUAGGUAAAUUAUACACCAUAAAAAUCAUAAAAUCAAAACCAUUCUACAUGUACAGCCAUAGACAUCAGUGUACACACACAGCACUACUUGUUUUGUGCUUUGAGCACCAUAGUAAUUCAACUACUUUCCUCAGUCCCAAAGUCCUGUUUCCUGUAAUACAGCUGAAUGCUUUUCAUUGCAGCAGUCAAACAUAAUCCUUAUAUUUAUCAUAGUUAUCUUUAUUUUUUGGAAUGUAAAGACUGCAAAAAAAGUUACAAUAUUUUUUUGUAAAAAAAAUAAAAUGUUAAACUUAUUUACAGUUAAAUAAAAGCAACCAUUUUGA